AUGCAAGAGUACUUCUACCGGAAACCGCGAUCAGCUGACCCCAGCCUCCUCGAUAGGGUACCACUAAUCGAGAGCUGUCGCGACAACAACUCCCCAGAUUACAAGGCUCUCUUUCAGCAGGCUGAAGAGCGGCAGAAGCAGGCCGAAGAGCGACAGAAGCAGGCUGAAAAGCGACAGAAGGAGGCUGAAGAGCGACAGAAGCAGGCCGAAGACGAAGGCAGACAGGAGAGAGAGAGACGGGAGCAACUUCAAGAGCUCAGCCGACCGGCCACUUUCGUGGAAUUCUUGCGCCAUUCUCAUCACCUGCUCUCCCGUCUGCUCAGAGUUGAGACACCCUCUCGCUCGACUACUGGGAAAAUCCCCCCUCCCACGGGGAAAUAUUGCCCAACACGAUUGGAACCCUGGGCCGACUGCUCAGCACUACAGUCGGAGCUUUACAGGUCCGUCUACAGAUACCUUCAGUUGACACCCCGGGGGGCGCCUCAGUUGUACUCAUCUUUGCAUGAGCUGGAAGGAUUAGGCCGACGACUUUGUCGGAAGCCUAUAAGCAGCGAGCAAGAACUCGGGCAUUAUGAGCGAUUCGCCGUGGAAGAGCAUGUCCACGACAUCAUUACCGAAUUGUGCAAACUACCCGCUGCUCGCGACGAGUUCGGGCUCGGCGAUGGAAUCCAGUUCAGCAGUCAUACAAAUUCCUUAGACGAGAACGAAGCUCCUGAUGCGGAUGCAAGCCAAUCGUCAAGUAUACACCACCCAAAGCCUGAUCAGUUCUGUAUCCAUCGUGUCGACGGCAACACUACCACUCUCCUCACAUCUGUCAAGUAUAAGCCUCCUCACAAGCUUUCUGUCGCCACCCUUCGCAUGGGGCUCCGACCAAUGAACUUAUGGAAGGAUAUGGUUAGAUCGAACAAGAUACCGACAAGCCAGGAAGCGAAACUGAGGUAUAAUGCAGAGCGACUUGCCUGCUCCGCUCUUGUCCAGGAAUAUCAUGUCAUGAUCCAGGAAGGGCUUGAGUACUCCUACGUGACCAACGGGGUUGCUCGGGUCCUCCUGCGUGUUCCGCAUGAUGAUCCGAGCACGCUUUAUUAUUUCUUAUGUGAUCCUAACAGCGAGUUGAAUACAGAAGUUGAAGAUAGUUUCCGACUACGGAAGACUUCUGUUGCAAGAACACUAUUUCUGUGUUUAAUGGCCUUUCGCUCAUCUGUGCGGGGCCAGGAAUGGCGGAAUUCCAUACGACCGGAGCUUCCUCUUUGGACGACUAGUUUUGACCACACUCGUUCUCAGAUUAUGUCCCAAGCAGAGCCGCCGCAAACCGUUCCGAACUCCGAUAGUACAACCCUGGAGUACAUGAGUCCGGAAUCCGGUUCAGCUUAUGAACCGCCGUCAUCUCCGCCAGAUUCUCCAACGGCAGCGGCUCGCCGAGUGCCUACAAGGUCUCAAGCCAGCUGUGCACCAUCGGCUGUACAGCAUCGCUCGCAGUCACCGGACUCAUCAGGCUCCGAUUCGAACCAAGCAACAGGCCGCAAACGGGGUUUCAGCCAAGUCGCGUCCUCUCCAUCUUCCCAACAAGCAGGUCGUCAACGGGACACGGGAAAUAAUCAUGGAAACCAAGCCCGAUUUCGCGAUGCGCAAUUUUGCACCCAACGGUGUUUACUCGGAUUGCAGUCUGGCGGCGUAUUAGAUGCCUGCUGUCCAAAUGUGAUGCUUCAUCGUCGAAGCAAAGACAGUCCCCAACAUCCGAUUACUUCAAACGAUCUGGUGCGUUUACUUAACGCGCAAUUGGAUGAAGACAUUGACCGAUGCAUACCCCUCGGUGGUUGCGGGUCAUAUGGUGCGCCGUUCAAACUUACUUGUGUUGAAUAUGGCUACACUGUUGUCGGAAAAGGAACCACAUCGGGGCUAUGGAAAGAAGUCUCCCGCGAAGCAGAAGUAUACCAAAUUCUGCGGAAGGCCCAAGGGUCUGCUGUGCCUGUUUUCCUGGGCAUGAUCGACUUGGCGAAAAUAUAUUUUCUUCAUGGGGCUGGAGAGAUUCGUCAUAUGCUAGUGAUGGGCUGGGGAGGAGAAAAUACAGCAUCGAUGGAGCCGACGCCGUGGCUUCACCGGGAAAUUCGCAGAUCAACCAAGGAAAUCAAAGCCUUGGGAAUCACUCACGAAGAUCUGCGGCGUGAUAACGUUCUUUGGAAUAAAGAACUUGGACGGGCGUUGAUUAUCGACUUUCACCGGUAUACAUUGAAAUGUCGACCGAGUUUGCGGCGAUCGCAAGCGGUAAAACGACCGUGUCAACCAGAGACGAGAGAUACGAAACGUCUAUGUGUAACGUGA